GUGCUUUUGACGCAGCGUGUGUUUACGGCUCGCUGCGGGGCUGUUCUUCUCCUCCAGGGAACCGCUACGGGCUUUUUUACUACACUAAAACCUGCUGCAAAACACUGAAUCCCCCCUAAAUGAACGGAUCUAAAAUUCCCUUUCGUUUAUUCAGUAGCUUGUAGAUAAAUGGUGACUAUGAAGACUAUGCUAAACGUGCAUUUCCAGAGCCGAGUCUUAUUCAGAAAAGGAAUCAGACUUUAAGAGAAAUUAGCGACAGUUAUUUGUUUUUUUUGCACAAAUGUAUCAGCUGUAAUGUCAGAGUAGAGGAAAUGGAGAUAGUUUCCAGGGGGGUUUGAUUUGCAUGUUAGCCUGUGGACAAAGAAGCUAACAUAAUAGUUAUAAUGCAGCUUCACUCUCUCUGAUAAGGGGAUAUUUUAAUGAUGCUCCUGUGCACUAAGCCUUGUGAAACAUGACAUUGUCUGAGGUGUUCUGGGAUCGCCACAUUCCGCUGCCAAAGCUCUCACCUCUCCUGGCAAAGGUCUGUGUGGGCGUGCUGGCACUCCUCUGCUUUAUCAACAGUUAUGAUGGGGAGUUUGUAUUUGAUGACUCUGAAGCAAUCGUCAACAACAAGGACUUGAGACCAACGACGCCUCUCAGCAAUCUGUGGAGGAAUGAUUUUUGGGGAAGUAACCUCAGUAGCAACUCGAGUCACAAAUCCUAUAGACCUCUCACUGUCCUCACAUUUAGGUUGAACUACCUCUUGGUGGGAGGUCUGCACCCUGUCGGUUUCCAUGUGUUGAAUAUCCUCCUUCACGCGGUUAUAUCCGCCCUCAUGAUUGACAUGUUUGCUAUUCUGACGGGUGGACUGUCCUAUGAUGAAAAGGGAAGGAUACAGAACCUUGCUCCCAAGACGUCUCUGCUGGCUGCACUCUUCUUUGCUGCUCAUCCAGUUCACACAGAAAGUGUCGCUGGUAUAGUGGGCAGAGCAGACCUGCUGUGUGCCCUGUUUUUCCAGCUGUCCUUUCUAUCCUACACUAGAGCUUUUAACAAAGGGAGUGACAGAGAUGACAGGUUUUCUGUCCAGUGGGUUGUGGCCAGCCUCUUGCUGUGUGCUGCAGCAAUGCUUUGUAAAGAACAAGGCAUCACUGUUUUGGGUGUGAAUGCAGCCUUUGAUGUCCUGUUGAUCUGUAAUGUUAAUGUGUAUGAACUCAGCCAGAGGCUACUUCUUAGGAAGAAGACUUCCAGUAUAAGUGACUUUUUUCAUGUGGGACUCCUGCGACGGUUGGCUCUUAUGCUGCUUGGAGGAUUAUCAAUGCUCUAUGCUCGGUGGAAGAUCAUGGGAACUGGCCCUCCAGCUUUCACUGAAGUGGACAACCCAGCCUCAUUUGCUGAAAAUAUUUUUUUUAGGAUAGUGAACUAUAAUUACUACUACUGUCUUAAUGCCUGGCUGCUGGUAUGUCCUUGGUGGCUCUGUUUUGAUUGGUCCAUGGGCUGUGUGCCUCUUAUUAAAUCCGCUGCUGAUUGGAGGAUGAUGUGGCUGGUGCUCCUUUGGUGCUUUCUGAUUGGCUUGAUAAACCAAGCCUUAUGUUCCCAGGACAUACAGAAAAGAAGGACUCUGACUUUGGCCCUGGUGUUACUGGUGGUCCCCUUCCUCCCGGCCUCCAACAUAUUCUUCAGAGUGGGCUUUGUGGUUGCAGAGCGAGUGCUGUACCUGUCUUCAGCUGGAUACUGUUUACUCGUCGCCUACUGUGUGGGACAGUGUUGUAGCCGCUGGGCCAAAUACAGGAAGCUGUUGUAUGUUUCCAUGGUCGCACUGUUGUGUGUGUAUGUGGUACGCUGCGCUCUCCGCAGUCACCAGUGGCGCUCAGAGAAAACCCUUUUCACCAGUGCCCUGUCUGUCUGCCCCCUCAAUGCCAAGGUCCAUUACAAUGUAGGUAAAAACUUAGCUGACAGAGGAAACACCACAGCUGCUAUUGUGUUUUACAGAGAGGCAGUGAGGCUGCAUCCAACUUACGUCCAUGCCAUGAAUAACUUGGGGAACAUACUAAAAGAAAGAAACGCACUCGUGGAAGCUGAAGAUCUGCUCUCUAAAGCCGUUUCUAUCCAGCCUGAUUUCGCUGCGGCUUGGAUGAACCUCGGUAUUGUUCAGAAUAGUCUGCAGAAGUUUGAGGAGGCAGAACGCAGCUACUGGAACGCAAUCCGCUUCCGUAAAAAGUACCCAGACUGUUACUACAAUCUGGGACGUUUGUACGCUGACCAAAAUAGACACGUGGACGCACUAAACGCAUGGAGGAACGCAACGAUGCUAAAGCCUGACCACAGCCUGGCCUGGAACAACAUGGUUAUUCUGUUGGAUAAUACUGGUAACUUGGGUCAGGCUGAAGCGAUCGGACGAGAAGCUUUGAGAAUUGUCCCCAACGAUCACACAAUCAUGUUCUCGCUCGCAAACGUCCUCGGGAAAUUACAAAAAUACAAGGAGUCAGAAGGGUUCUUUCUCAGCGCUCUUAAGAUCAAUCCCAAUGCUGCCAGUUGCCAUGGCAAUUUAGCCGUGCUGUACCAUCGCUGGGGAAAGCUGGAGCUGGCAAAGAAACACUACGAACUGUCUCUGAAGUUAGACCCCGAGGCUCCCGGGACCCGAGACAACUACAACAUGCUGCGGCGUAAACUGGACCAGCUCAAAAGACAAACGCCGUAGUGCACUCUGCUCCGUCACACCGGUAUCUACAAACACACGGCCCCACGGAUUAUUUAUAGAAAGUUUCCACUAAGUUAUGUUUUGCACCAUUUUAAAAUAAAAAAAUCAUGAUCUCC